AUGUCUGAAUCGGUCCUGGCCAGUGGUGCCGCCCGCGUCUUCACGGCCAUUGCCUCCCUCUCGGCCCUCCAGGCGGUGGGAUACCUCUUCCUCGGCGUCGUCGUCGGCCUCCUGGGUACUUGGAUCUACCUGUACCCCUACUCGUCGAUUGUAUCGUCAAGCCGCAACCUCCCCGGCCCACCAAGCGAGCACUUCAUCGCCGGCAACCUUCUCUACUUGACCCGCCGGGAGCACCCGCGCCCAAUCUACCAGGCCUGGAUUGACAAGUAUGGACCCACCGGCCGCCUCCGCGGCCUCAUGGGCGUACAGCGCAUCUACACGGCCGAUCCUGUGGCUAUUUCGCACAUUUUCCAGAACGCGGACCAGUGGCCUAAGAGCAAGAGCACGGGGAUCAUGCUCCGCCGCAUGCUCGGUAAUGGCCUUAUCACGGCCGAGGGGACCGACCACCGCCGCCAGCGCCGCGUAUUGAAUCCCGCGUUUAGCCCGCGCGCAGUCAAGGAGAUGACGCCAAUCUUCUUUGACAAGGCGCGCUCUGUGCGUGAGAAGUUUGCCCAGCUCCUCGAGGAGCCAACCAACGAGGCUCGCGUACUUGUCAACAUGGACACUCUGGAAACUCACGAGAAUGGUGGCCCGAUCGACGUCGGCCUGCUCAUGGAACAGGCAACGCUUGACACUAUUGGUGCUGCGGGCUUUGACUAUGACUUUGCGACCCUGUUUUCGCGCCGCAGCGAACUGCUUGAUGCAUUCCACUCGGCUAUCAAGGCUAUGCAGGCGAGUGCGCUCGUCAGCGCCCUCCAGAACCGCUUCGUACUCUUCAACGCCCUUCCCACACCGGGGCAAAAGUUGGGCAAGGCGAGCCGCGCCACGAUGAACCGCGUCGGCGACAGGAUUGUUGCGCAGAAGACGCAAGCAAUCACCCGCAUGGGCAUUGAAAAGGACACGGACAUCGGGACGGCCGAUCUGCUGAGCCGGCUCAUCCGCGCCAACAUGGCCACCGACCUCGAGGACCGCGAGCGCCUCACCCAUCGCGAGGUGCAAGCGCAGAUCUGCACUUUUAUCUUUGCGGGAUCCGAGACCACGGGCGUCGCGCUCACUUGGGCGCUGUACCGCCUCGCGACGAACAAGUCCAUGCAGGACCGUCUGCGCGCCGAGCUGGUCACGCUGGGCGAGCACCCCGAUAUCGACGAGAUCCACGGCCUCCCUUUCCUGGAGAAGUUCACGCGCGAAAUCUUACGCAUGGACUCGCCCGUCCCCGCCGUCGGCCGCGAGCCCGCGUCCAAAACGACUCUACCCCUCUCGCGUCCCGUUCGGGGCCGCGACGGGAAGAUGAUCGACGCGGUCACCGUCGACAAGGGCACCGAGGUUGCCAUUCUCAUCGGCAACGUCAACCGCGACCCGGCAAUCUGGGGUCCCGACGCGCACGAGUUCAACCCCGACCGGUAUGACUCGCCCGCCCUCGCCUCCGUGCCGGGCGUGUACGGCAACCUGCUCACGUUUAUUGGCGGGCCGCGUAACUGCAUUGGAUGGCGUCUGGCACUCGCAGAGUUCAAGAUCAUCCUCUUUACCCUGCUACGGGCUUACGAGCUCGCCGAGGUGCCGGGGACGGAGCUGCGUAGCGAGACGACGCUGGGGAUCAUGCGUACGCGCUCGAACCACGAGGGCUUGGUUGUGCCCCUGCUUGUGCGGCCUGUUGGCGAGUAA